AUGAAAGAAACUAUCGUGAAUCAGAAUAAACUCGCAAAAUGGCAGGCACAAGUGCAUAUUAGUGGGAAAAAAACUGCUAGCAGAAAGAAGGUGGUUCUUAGAACAGUCACAGCAGACAAUAAAGAAAUUUCAGUUCUCUUUAAAGAAGUUGGAGGUAUAAACAGUAUCUCUGGUAUUGAAGAGGUGAAGAUGUUCACAAACCAAGGAACAGUGAUUCACUUGAACAAUCCUAGAGGUAAGGCCUCUCUGGUAGCAAAGACUUUCACUGUUACAGGCCAUGCUGAGACAAAGCAGCUGACAGAAAUGCUAUCCAGCAUCUUAAACCUGCUUGGCACAGAGAGUCCGACCAGUUUAAGGAGACGGGCUGAGGCUCUGCCCGAACAAUCUGUGGAUGGAAAAGCACCACUUGCCACAGGAGAGGAUGAUGAUGAUGAAGUUCCAGAUGUUGUGGAGAAUUUUGAUGAACCUUCCAAGAAUGAAGCAAAGUAA